AUGCACUUCAAACCCUACUCUCAAGCCUUUGGCAUUGCUUUGAUAUUGGCGAGCGCUCCUACUGCCAAUGCCCAUACCAACAAAUUUUCGGAGCGUGCUGCCAGCGUGAACCGGACCGCAGACUCAGAGAACCUUCGAACCUGGUGGCACAGCACUGGAGAGAUCAACACAAAGACUGCUGUGCGACCGGAAAAUGUCCGCCAAUCCCACGUGUACUCAGUCCAAAUCGCAAGCGCAUCAACUCCUACCGACUUCUAUGACUCAUUUGUGUACGAGAGCAUCCCUCGAAACGGCAAUGGCAACAUCUGUGACCCCACAAAGCCCUCAAUUAGCUGCGAUGUAGAUGAUCAGAUCACCAUCGAAGGAGACAUCGGCGCCGACAUGGCCUGGACUCAGUAUCUCGCUAAUGGUGGAAGCAUCGUCAAAAUCGCCCGCUCAGACCAAGGCUUAGUCAAUCCGUCAGAUGUUGUCAUCAGGCCGCAGACCCUCGAUUUCAGCAUGCAGAGUAGCAAUGAUAGCCUGCUUAUCGCUGUCCCGCAUAGUGCUACUGGGUAUCGUUUCUCUGUCGAGUUCAAGGACAACUUAUGGGAGUAUCGCAAUGCCGGCGGGGGUGGUGACUCGCACUAUGUGCAAAAUAAGAAUUCAGAUGGUCUGAAUUACGUUGAGUCUUACACCAGCUCCAUGCCGGUUGUUGGUGUAGAGCCUCUUAACGCCUUGAUGGUCUUUAUGAGCCCAUUUCCAGCCGACCAGUACGUGCCUGACAUCACGACGAAUACCUACAACGUUACGCCAGGUUUGAUCACGGAUUUGGACACCAUAGAAGAGUCAGUACUUUAUUUCGGUCCGGGCGUUUACUGGUGCACAGGCUCAGCGCACAUGAACCUCUCCAGUUCGGUAUCAUGGAUUUACCUUGCUCCCGGAGCUUACGUGAAAGGUGCCUUUGAAUAUAACAGUCAGAGCUUGGACUUACGGGCUACAGGCUUUGGAGUUCUGUCUGGUGAACAGUACCUCUACCAAGCCAAUACAGCUCAGGGUUACCAAAACAUCAAGUCUGAUGACACGUCUUUGAAGAUGUGGCGAGCUCAGGCUGCAAGUGGCGCCAAAUGGACUAUCAAUGGCUUAACGAUGAACGCACCCCCUUUCAACAGCAUGGACUUCUACGGAGCCGAUCCCGAGUCGUUCACUGUGGACGCAUCCGACUAUAAGCAAGUCGGUGCCUUUUUCGGACAGACAGAUGGUCUCCAGAUGUACCCGGGAUCUCGCAUCCGUGACGUCUUCUACCACGUUGGCGACGACGCCAUCAAGACGUACUAUAGCAACGUGCUCUGUGAGCGAAUGACGAUCUGGAAGACCAACAACGCGCCCAUUGUCCAGUUCGGCUGGUACCAACGAGACGUGGACAACGUCACCGUUGAUAGCGUAGAUGUCAUCCAUACUCGAUAUAAUUCGCAGUCAGCGCUCUGGCCCCGAGCUCUCGUGGCGUCUGCAGCCAGCUACGUUAACCAAGAAUCUACAUCCGUCGCCGACAUAACGAAGCAUUUGUCCAACUACACGAUUAGCAACUGGCGCUGUGAGGGGGUUUGCCCAGCACUCAUGGGCAUCAAUCCUCUCCAGAACAUCGACACGAUGAGUUUCUCUAACAUUUGGAUUGAGGAAUUAUCUCCUAUUACUACUGAGGUGGGCGUGAGCGCUUUCAGAUCUUUCACAGACGCCUCCAAUGGAAAUCAAGCGAUCGCAUUGGGCGACAACUCGCCGGAUAAAUUGGGACUCAUCAUCGACAAUUUUGUGGUGGGCGAUACGCGGAUUUCCUUCACCGCCGGCAAUUGGGAAGCUAGCAAUUCUAACUCGUCCAAGAACGUGGGUCUUUUAAACAUCGACGGAGGGUACUCAGGGCGUUGGACUGUCAAAUAA